AAUUUAGGGGCAUCUAACAAAUGAUGUAAAGUAAGUGUAUAUAUUGUAUGUUGAUUGUUGUUUGUUGAUGUUUGAUCAGUUGAUCGUAAUAAAAUCUAGAUGUAAAGGAUGAAGCAAAGGAAAACAAUGCCAAAUAACUUACACAAUUCCAGCAGGUAUAACUGUUUGUGCUCAUAUUAAAGGCUGGGUGAAAAUAGAGGGGGGUCAGUACAGAUUAUAUUCUUGCCUUUCACCAGCGGUGAUUCUUUAUUUUAAAAUAAGAGUUAAAGUACAUUCACCCAUGGAUAAUGUUUUUUGGAUCAAUUUUUUGACCUAAAUUUCUGGACCUAUAUAUGAGUAGAUACAGUACAUGUGAAAUUUACCUGAAGGGCUUUUCAUGCACAAUCCUCCCUUUCCCAGCCAGCACCAUCACGUCGUCCCCCGUGCCAAGGGCCCUGUGGCAAUUCCGGUCCAUGAUCCAAUGCGCCAAUCCCAAGAGCAAGCCGCUCAGGCAAUACAACCAUUACGGAUGUUACUGUGGCCUCGGAGGCUCUGGAGAUCCUGUGGACGAUCUUGACAGGUGUUGUCAAAUCCACGAUGACUGCUAUGGGGCUGCCAACGACAUCCCAAAUUGCUAUACAUGGUUUCACAACCCCUACAUCGAGAUCUAUUCCUAUACCUGCUCUGGAACGGACAUCACCUGUGCAAGUGAGAACGACCCUUGCGAAAUGCACAUCUGCCAGUGCGACCGGGCUGCAGCCAUGUGUUUCUCCCAGGCUCGCUACAUUGAAGAGCACAAGAGCCUGGACAAGAAGCAAUAUUGCCAAUGAUGAAGUUUUUAUGGGGUGGGGACUCAGUUUCCAACAAGAUGGCAUGGACUCCCUGGCAUCUGUACUCCACGCUCUGGAUGACCCUUGGGAAGACGUUGGAGCUGCUUGGAGUGGGAACACUUGGCCUCUGCUUGUAUCGGGACCCAAGAAAUGUGGCUCAGAGAAGCCAGCUUUGGGAACAUGUAUGAGAAAGGAAGCUGAACCAAACCUUGGUUCCCCUUUGCCCAAAGUUGGAAAGUGCCUUGUUCCUGCUUGAAGCCAACCCAAGUUAAAAUGUACAGUAUAGUGUCCAGUGCCAACCAUGGGAUGUCAGGCAUCAAUAGGACUGCAAGGUUAGGAUGAGUCCAGGUCCUGAGAUUUGAGGACCAAAAACUGAGACUUAGGAAUGACUUCUUGUGAUGUUGCAGGAAUUGGGUCCUGGUGAUGUUCCAAGGCGGAGCUCCUGGUGAUGCCAUUGAACAUAUGUUAAAUGCCAACUACAGUUGUGCAAAGUAUCCUGUUGCAAUAAAAAAAUACCAAGUCUACCAACAUAUAUGGAUACACCUUUCAAGGCAGUGCUCACCUUUCUUGAGAACUUGGAGUGUUAUUUGGAGAACUUAGGUGACUCUCAGACUGAAAUGGAGGAAAGCAUGGUUGGGGUAGGUCUGUUUUGCCUUCUGAAACCAAUCUCUCAAAGGGAGUAUAUGAGAGCCAUGGAGAUUAAAGUAGAGUCGUCAUAGUGGUCUAAUUCUGCAGUGUGAAAAGGCCCUUCGCUGCAUGCACUAGGAGAUAUCUCUGAAGUUGCAGCACAUCUUCUCCUCUUUCUCUGCAGCUUUUCUCUUCAAAUCAACAUCCUCUUCAGCUUGAGCCUGUUAAAUGCCUCUGACAGAGUGUAAAAUUUCACAUUUGCAACAGAUGCAGGUUGCGAGAGACAGAUUCAGAGGUGCCGCGGAGAGGACUCAGUGGCAAAUACCUUCAGACUGGUUUGUUUAGCCUUCGUCCUUCGCGGUCUCCCUCUUGUUUGGCAUAAAUAAAACAGAGGCCUACAAAACGGCACAUUCCUCACCAGUAGGAAAUGCUUCCAUUGGCACUUCGGCUUGGUUUUUCAACACAGUUCUUGCACAAUGCUUCUCUUUAACUGCCACGGCUGCAUCCUGUGGGAGUCUGAGAUUUGUAGUUUGGGGAGGCACUAGUGCUCUUUGUCUGAGAAUUAUGAAUAGUGCUAAAGUGGUGUCAGUGGUCUCUUAUGCUCUUCCUGGGCAGUGAUCUACUCCCUUCCACUGUCAAUAACGAUAAUUCAGUUUCAGAAAUCAGGUCAUUAGCUGGCUGGCAUAAAUAACAACAAC